AUGGAGAGCGCAAGCGGCUCCUCCUGCGCUCUAAACCCGAAGCCCUCCCUCUUUCCCCACCUCCCCCCGACUUCCCUCUGCAUCGUUCUUCCCCAUCCAUCCAUGUUCCCCCCGCCCUCUCACCUGCCGGUGCACCUCUGCAGCCUGGCGAGGCGGAGGUCGUUGAUGAAUGACAACUCCACCCGCUCCUGCUCCCUAAGCCUUAAUCCCUCUCCCUUUCCCCACUGCCCCCAUCUCCCUUUCCCCACUGCCCCCAUCUCCCUUUCCCCACUGCCCCCAUCUCCCUUUCCCCACUGCCCCCAUCUCCCUUUCCUCACUGCCCCCUAUCUCCCUUUCCCCACUGCCCCCUAUCUCCCUUUCCCCACUGCCCCCUAUCUCCCUUUCCCCACUGCCCACUAUCUCCCUUUCCCCACUGCCCCCUAUCUCCCUUUCCCCACUGCCCCACUAUCUCCCUUUCCCCACUGCCCCACUAUCUCCCUUUCCCCACUGCCCCACUAUCUCCCUUUCCCCACUGCCCCACUAUCUCCCUUUCCCCACUGCCCCACUAUCUCCCUUUCCCCACUGCCCCACUAUCUCCCUUUCCCCACUGCCCCACUAUCUCCCUUUCCCCACUGCCCCACUAUCUCCCACCCCAUCUCCCGCCGCCCUCUCACCUGCCGGUGCACCUCCGCGGCCUGCCGGAGCGGCCUGCCGGAGGUCGUUCAGGAUCGGGAACUCUAG